CUUGUAUUUUCAGAUAAUAAUGAUCCCGCCAGAGCUAUAACAUGUCUCCUAAAAAAGAUGUGACUAUUGUCUGUCAGCUGUGCGAACAGGAGACCCUGGAUUCCUGUCUUGACUCUCAUUUGAAGUUUAAUCAUAUGAUCUACAGUAAUCCAGUUAGACAGGCUCUGUUUAAUCUGCACUACCCUCCUGUACCUAAAAACAAUUUUGAUGUCCUCCUAAAACCUCGGCGGGGAGGAAAAUCCCCAAAAAGUUUGCUGAAACGUAAAAGUAGUUCCGAUCCUGGAAAAUCUGCCAAAAAAAGUCGGGCUGAAGUAAAUCCGGGAGAACGACAUGAAGAACAGAGCGGCUCCUCAGGCGGACAGCCCACCCGGAAACAGCUGAUAGUUCUGAAACCAGCUGUACCACUUAGAAAAAAACUUCAUCCAAAUACAGAGCAGUUUCUUGAUGAUGAGGUGGAAGAGAAGGUUGCUAAAUGUACAAAAACUGUUCAAUAUGAAGAUGCCUAUGCAAGAGAAGACGAGAUUGAGCAUAAAAGAAUUGUUCAGAAAAUCCGCCAACUUCAGGAAAACGAGUUCAGGUGUAAUCUGGAGAAGGGAACGUAUGUACAGUGUACAGAGCCUUCAUGUAACAAAUGGAGACUUAUAAAAGAUGUCCAGGAUCCAUCUACAGUGCCAGAUAACUGGGUGUGUUCCAUGAAUAAGGACCUGGGAUUGGCUAGUUGCAGUGUACCUAGUGAGGUGGAGGGGGUGAGUGACGAUGAAGAUCUAGUGGAUGUAGAGUACGCCCUGGGUUCACUAGUCUGGGCUAAAUUUAGAGGGUUUCCUUGGUGGCCUGGUUUGGUUGACUAUUGUCCUGAGAAAGAGGAAACCCUGUUGUUGGAUCCUGAAACCAACCAACCUCAGCAGUAUCAUGUUGUUUUCUUUGACAAGGGACAGAAUGUGUCGCGUAGUUGGGUGUAUAGAGAGGAUAUUUGUAAACUGACUGAUGUAAACCAUCCUCCGAGGCGACCAGCUUUCAAGAAGGAGACUGUCAGACAAAGAUAUAAUUUAGCAAAGAAAAUGGCAAAGGAGGCUCUAGCUCUGGAUCUUAUUGAGAGAGUUGAGAAAUUUUCUUUUGCAACUUUGUACACAGGAAAAUGGGCAGAAAGUAAAGAGGAAGAAGAAGACACACCAGAGAACAUAGAUAGGUUAACCCCUGACCUAGAGAUUGACCCUAGACUGGUUGGACUUGACUGCUUUGAUGAGCUCCUUUCCUCACACCAGAAUAAAACUCUAACAGCUAAACCUAAACUUAAAAGAACUAAGAUAUCUAAAGACAAGUUGAACUCUAGUUCUGCAAUUCAUCAAUACCUUCCACCUCAAGAUUCUCACUUUAUUUGCAUCAAGUGUGGAAGGGAGGUGAGACCUGAGAGGGCCAUGGUUGAAAAUCAUCUCAGACGACAUAGAACAUCCCUGCAAGAAUACUUUAAACUGUUGGAGGAGUCAAGAGACAUUGAUCAUAAUGAUGAACAUGUUCUUGAGAAGAAUGGGCAGCAAGCUCAGUUGGCCAAACUGAAACUCUGGAUUCAGACUGAUGAAUAUUUUAGCUCCCUAGGACAGAUGACUGUUGGAAAAGAAAGAAGAAAAAGUGGAGAGAGUUUUACUGCACUCAUCAGAAAGAGUAUUCGACGCUCUAGAUCUUCACUUGGUGACCUGUUAACAAGUCCAGAUCUGGCAGGGGAGAAGGCAAUCCUAAGAACAGCAGAAGAAAAUAGCUGUGUCUCUGAAUCUGAUCCUCAAGCUAGAACACCAGAAUCUACAGCACCCAGAUUACAUGAUGAAAAUGGUUUGACGCCCAAAUCCAACAACUGUGGUACACAAGAACACCCUUCUAUAGAUGAUCUAAGUCCAAAACCUAAUAAUCCUGGUGGUGUAACACCUGAACCUAAUGAAGCAGACACAGAAGAACCCAUAAUUGAAACCUUAACACCAAUGCCUCAUAUUCCUGGAACUAUAACACCUGAACCAAUAGAACCACAUGAUUUGUUGCCACUUACUCCUAUCUUAUCAGAUCCUGCAGUGUCAUAUCCAGCUCAAUACAGUUCAGAGUCAUCAAGCCAGUUGUCUUCCAAUACUCCAAGUCAGCCAUCUGUGAAUCUCUCCAUUUCUCAUAUUUCCACCAGUCAAAAUUUAUAUUUCCAAACAAAUACUUUGGAAUUGACCAAAGAACCAAGUCUAGGUCAAAAUCAUAAUCAGCAUCAAAAUAAUGACCAAGUAAAUACAGAUUAUGGUCAAGUAGUUGAGCAAGAACAAGCAGGAGAUCAAGACCAAGAACAAGGGGAUCAGGUUCAAUUACAAUAUCAAGAUCACAACCAUGUUCAAGAUCCGUAUUUAGAUCAAAAUCAAGAUCAAGAUCAAACUGAAAAUCAAGAUCAUGACAAUACACAAAGUCAAACACAAGUAGAAGAACAUGAUCAACAGCAGGCUCACACAAUUCAUAUUCAAGAUCGAGACCAAGCAAAAGAGUUUGAUCUACCUUAUUUGGUGCCAGAGGAAAUAUCUGCAGCCCCAAGUGAAACCUCUUUCUCAUCAAACAUUGACACCCCAUACACAGAUGCAAGUGAUAUCUUUCAUACUGUAGAAUUUUUAUCUUCUAUGAAUACUGAUAAAAUGUUGGAAAAGAAGAUUAAGAAGAAUCUGAGUUCCUAUAACAGUCCAGAGAAGUUGUUGAACUUGUGUCGGAGUGCUGCACAAAUGACAGGAGAUGAAACUAUCGAUGCUACAGAGGUAAAUGAAGCAGAAAGAGACACUAUUGGCAAAGUUUGUGCAGUGCAAGCUACUAUUGUUGAAGCUACAGAUACUGGUUUAGACGAGGGCAAGGCAGAACUGGACUCAGGGUUUCCUGAACCCCUUGAGCAUCCUCCCCCUCAUCUGAAGACUGGUCUGCUUAUAGCUCUAGCCAUAAGAAAUAUAAACAAGAAAGGGGCAUACAUGAAGGAUGUAAUUGCGUUCCUGUGCACACAUUUUCCAUUCUUCAACUCGAACAGAGAGGAAUGUUGGAAUUUAGUUACAAAACAUACAACAGGGAAACUUCAAAGCUGCCACUCUGUCAGCCAUGAGAUCUUAAGUGCAGAGAUAAAACCAGAAAGAAUUGGAGAUUACUCUGGCAGAUUUAGUUCGUUAAGGAAGAAGCGAAGUAUGCUUGAACCCAGAUUCCUCGAUGCCCUGAUUCAAGGGUUUUCUGGAGUUCAAUCACAGGAGCCUGGUAGUUCCCCUUCACCACCUUACACAAGAGAUAUGUUGGUCUGUUUAGUUUUAUUAAAACUUGGUCCUAGUGGGGGGACAGUUGACCAGCUCUGUAUACUAGUGCAGUUUCUCUUCCCUUCUCUAGCUGACCCAGCAGCUAUACUAAUAUUGAGAGAUGAGUUCCUAGAGAAUAUACAUAGUUCAGAAUAUCUGAAUGUUCAGCAGUGUUCUCCAUCAUCUGUUUUCUCUAUUAAGGAUGAUUUGCGGAGUUCAGUAGAAGAAAAACUUGUUUUGUUUUCUAAGGAAAACCUGAAUGAGAUUUUAGCAUCACUGCGUCAGCCAGAGUUCUUAAAUGCCAUGUUGCCGGCUAUAAAAGAAGAUUGACCUUGUUGCAAACAAAGUUAUAUUUUUUUCUUUUGAAAAAUUCAUUAGAUUUGAUCAAUUCUUAAAAUUUAUAUUUUUUCAGAAAUAUCAUGAAUAAGCUGUAAUGCGUUCUAUUUGAUUCUGUACUUGCCAAGUAUUGGAAAUCUAAUGAGCUUUAUCAAUAGCAUGGAGACUUCUAGUUCUGUAACUCCUCAAAGGAAGCCCAAGAAGAGUUAUUUUUGUGAUGAAUGUGAAUAUGUUACUACAAGAUCAUCAUAUUUAAAGGCACACAAGGAUUCCAAACAUUUAGGCGUAAGAUAUCCCUGUGCUGAAUGUGAUUAUGCAGCAACACGAGCACGAGAUUUGAAGAAACACCAUGAGCAUAGACAUGAAGGAGUGAGGUAUCCUUGUGAGCAGUGUGAUUACUCUGCAAUCACAAGUUCUGAUUUAAAGAGGCAUGAAAGGAGUAAACAUCUUGGUGUCAGGUACCCAUGUGACUUGUGUGAAUAUACAGCGACUGGGUCUUUCUAUUUAAAGCGUCAUAAAUCAAUUCAGCAUCUAGGAAUCCGUUACAACUGUGAUGAAUGUGACUAUGCUGCAACCACAACCUAUCACUUAAAGGAGCACAAGGACAGAAAACAUUGUACAGAGCUGAAUUUUCAUUGUCAUGCAUGUGUAUUUUCAACAAAUACAUCGUCAGCUCUAACAAACCACAUACGGAGUGUUCACCUUGGUGUACGGUAUCUCUGUGAUCAUUGUGAUUACUCAGGAACAACCACUUCAACUUUAUCAUCGCACAAGCGGAAAAAACACAAGGAGUUGUAUGACCUUGAAAAAAAAGAAAAAUUGGAUGAGCUGGCAAAGCGAAGAGAAUCAUCCCUUCUUGCUGUCCCAUUUGAUCUUGAUCUUGUUAAAUUUGAACCUGAUUAUCUAGAUAAUGAUCUUGUGAAAUGUGAACCUGAUGAUGACACUAAUAUUGUUGAGGCUGAACCCGACAUAAUUGAAGGUGAACCUGGUAUUCUUAAGGUUGAAUCUGAACAAUUGUGAUCAAAGUUAUUCAAAAAUUUAUAUGUAAAAAAAAACUUUUUUGAUGUUAUCAUAAAAUUAUUUGUAUUGAAA